AUGAUUUGUAUCAAAAGCACAUCCUACUCUCUUCUUAUGAAUGGUAGAAUUCAAGGUGGUUUUCAAGGUGCUAAGGGUCUUCGUCAAGGUGAUCCCUUAUCUCCUUUGAUAUUUGUUCUGAUUAUGGAUUAUCUAAUGAGAAGUCUUCUUCUAGCUGCUCAAGACUCUAAGUUCAGAUAUCAUCAUCUUUGCAAAAGUUUGAAGUUAAUAAACUUAUGCUUUGCGAAUGACUUGAUUCUUCUCAGCAAAGGGUCCAAACAGUCCAUAAAAGUUCUUAAAGAGGUCUUGGAUGGUUUCAGCAAUACUACUAGGCUCCAUAUCAAUGUUAGCAAAUCUCAAAUAUUCUUUGGAGGGGUUGAUCCCAAGGAGAAGGUGGAGAUCAUUAGGGAUCUUGGUUUGGCUGAAGGUACCUUCCCUUUAAAGUACUUAGGGGUGCCUUUAAGACCAACUAAAUGGAAAGCUGAAGAUUGUGGGAUUAUUAAAAUCAAAUUGAGGCUUCACACUUGGGGAAGUAGGCACUUGUCUUUUGUUGGCAAAGUUCAACUAAUACAUUCAAUAUUACUUGGUCUUCAAAAUUAUUGGAUGAGUACUUUCAUCCUUCCUCAAAGUGUUUCUAAAGAGGUCGAGAAACUUUGUACAGGUUUCCUAUGGGGAAUGAACGGGAACAGAAGCAGAAUUCAUGUGGCCUCUUGGGAGAAAGUUUGCCUUCCUAAACCUUAUGGUGGUCUCGGGUUUAGAGAAGGGACCAAAUGGAAUCAAGCUAUCUUAGCUAAAUACAUUUGGGCUAUCAAUGAGAAGAGAUAUUUACUGUGGGUUAAGUGGGUGAACAAUGUUUAUCUCAAAGGGGUAUCCAUUUGGUCUUAUGAGUUAAAAAUGGACACAAGCUGGUAUUGGCGCAAACUUUGUAGAUUGAGACAAAAGUUUUCCAUUUCUGAGAUUUUGAAGGCAGGAAGCUCAGGUAAGUUCUGUAUUGUUGUUUUAUAUAACAGUACUCUUCCUCCUACUCAAGUUAGCUAUCACAGGGCCAUUUGGAGUAGUCUCAACUUUCCUAAGCAUCGUUUUAUGCUUUGGCAAGUAGUGAAUUCUCAACUGUUAACGAAAGACAACAUGAGUAAAUUUCACAUUGUCUUAGACUCUAUACUUUGCCCUGUUUGUGGAGACCAGCCUGAAACUCAUCAUCACUUAUUUUUUAACUGUUGCCUUUCUCGAAGAGUUGUGGAGCUAGUGUUUAAGUGGCUGGGUUUCAGAGGUUGGCCUAUGGAAUUUGAUGGUUGGUUAAAUUGGAUUUCCCUGAAAGCUUCUGGCAUUGUGAGACUUAUUGGCAUAGCAUUUAUUGCAGCAACAUGCUAUUGUCUUUGGCUGAAUAGAAAUAGGUGUGUUUUUGAAGGCUAUUCCAAAUCUGAUUCUUUGAUUGCUAUUGAUGUAAAGAGUAUAGUGACAUACAGGUUAUUCAUUGUUAAAAAUAGAAAAAUGUCUAGACAAGAGAGAGACUUUAUACAUAGAUUAAAAUGUAAUUAG